AUGGACCGUCUCCCGAGAGAGCUGAUAGAUGCCAUUCUGCAGCAAUGCAUCGCCCAGGGACAAAAGAACUCCGUCCUCAAUCUCCGCCUCGUUUGCCGCUUAUUCGAUAGGAUCUUGAAGCCGUCUGUUUGCUGCACUCUUGGACUGGACUUUUCCCGAAUGAGCCGAGCCAGUCACCUGCGCCGACCUGAUGUAGAUGCCCUUCAGACCAUCGGAUAUCACUGCAAGAGCCUGUACAUUGACCUGAUGGUUCUUCGAGAUGAGAGUAUGUCUCCCCUUACCCCCUACCCGCCUCCUCUCAUUAGCAUGCUAGCUAACUCUCCUGUAGUGGAAGUUGAAUUUCUCGAGACAGUCUUUGCCCGCAUCCCUUCCAUGACAGACUUCUGCCAAACCAUGCACAAAAAGUACUGCAUGAACAAAACCUCCUUUACCGAAAUCGAAUACUUGAGCAUGGUCGAGACGAUGCUCUUCUAUUGCCGUGGCGUCGACAGCCUCCGCCUCAACCUUCCAUUCCAGCUAGUUGGGCGGCACUGCAAUGUGGCGACCAUGAUCCUUGCCAACACACUCAAAGCCCUUGCAUCGCGUCCAGAGGAGGACUCGGCCAAUCUCAGAGUUCUUGUGCUCGAAAACGUCACCGAUGUUGCCAUAUGCCACCUCUGGAUGAACCCGAGCGAUGUCAUGAACAUCAUGGCUGUGGUGGCAGUAUUAGAACACUUGGUCAUGACCCUGCGACGACACGACAUUGAGCCUCACCGAGCAGCUUUGUUUGGCUCUUGCCUGUGGGACCUGAUUGAGCAUGCCGACUCUCUUAAGUCGCUCUGCCUCGUAGGAACGGACCACGAUGAUCGUCCCCCGCGGGGGUUGAAGCAAACCAAGUUUUGGCAACUACCAGUUGAGGAUUGGAGGGCUCGUUCCCUGCCGGCACCGCGAGUCUAUCUUUCCAAUCUGACCAGCCUCGAGCUGAAGCGAAUAGAAAUUUUGCCAGAAUGUUUUCUGAAGGCAGCGGAGAUAUUUGGUGAAACUCUAGAAGAACUCUACCUCAACGAAGUGUAUUUGAAGACGGAGCAAUCGAAAACGUGGAACCAGGACUCAAGAAAAGUCCUCUGGAUUGGCAUGCCCAACCAACGGCCGGCCGAGGACUGCAAGUGGAUGGCCAUGGCACUGCGGGCCACCGUUUCUCGACUCCGAAUUUGUCGAGCGUCCUUCCUCGCCUACGACCACUACCUUCGAGAAGACGUGUCCACUCAGCCGCAGCCCGAAUUUGAUCUCAUCGACCCGUGCGGCCUGGGUCGCAGCGUAUCCCAGCGAUUUGUCGAAGUCGUCAUGGGCAUUCGCCAACCCAACAUGCCUUCGGGAAAUCCAGUCGACUUCUUCCCCCACGACGCCAAGGACGACGAGCUCGUACACGUACUCAAGCCCAGAACCCGGCCAUUGCGUGUUGAUGAAUACGAUACGAAUGCUCACCAAACUGCCGUGGAUAAUACCACUUCGGAAUGGCAAAAGAGCAUUGACGGCAUAUUUCAUAAUUGCAAUCCUGGGACUCUCGAUGAACUACAUUACAUUGCCGAAAAGGCUUGUCAAGGCAUGAAUGAGAUUCAUCGAAGACGAAGUGAGUGGACAGCUGGAAAUAGCAUGGCCAACGAGUACGCAGACAACUUGUUCAACAUGCCUACAUUGGAGGAUUCAUAG